AAUAGCCGCAGCGGCCAACAACAAACCCGAGUCACAUGAUAUCCCGAGAAAAUCACAUGAACAACGUCAUCCCGCCCUUCGAGAUCCUUUGACGGCCAGCUCCGAGAUCCAUGUGUGAUUGAUGUAUAUAAGUAAACACUCCCGCUGCUCUUCAAUUCAUUACUCUCUUUUCUCCUUUUAUACAUUCCCUACUGACUACGUAAGUCUAUUAACAAAAGAUAGAAUAAGAACAAUAGUACUAGCAAAUUUUAAAUCCCAAGCUCCAAACCAUGCCUUGCCUCCCCGCAAUCUCCACCAUCCCCUACCUCCCCAAAGCCACCCAAACACAAAUACUCGACACCCUCUUCGAGUCCUCUACAGACCUGCACACGCUGGCCCUCCCCCUCCUCGCCCACCAAACAUUCUCUUCCUAUCAGUCCCUCAUCAGCGCCAUCGGCGCACGCAUGAUGGCGCUCUCCGCUGCAAAUUCUUCGAAGGACAGAGAAGUCCUCCAUGGGAUUUUAGGCGCACAUCCGCGCCUAGGGGAGAAGAAGCAGGAGAAUCUGAGCGAAUUGAGUCGACAGGAGCAGGCGGGGUUGAAUGCGAGUAAGGGGGAAGGGGAGGAGCAGGACGAGAGUGUUAAUAAGAGAAGAGAGGAAGAGGCGGCGGACUUGAAGAAGUUGAAUAGUGUGUAUGAAGAGAAAUAUCCGGGGCUGAGAUAUGUUGUAUUCGUAAACGGACGUAGUAGAGAUGUUAUAAUGCAGGAUAUGCGACGGCGAAUUGAGAGGGGCGAUGUGGAAAAGGAGAAGGAGGAUAUUAUACAGGCAAUGUGCGAUAUAGCUAUUGAUCGAGCACAGAAGCUUCAGGGGCAAAAUGAGGGCAGUAUAUGUGCAUAUGAACAAAGCUCUGCUUGAAAUGCAUCGAGUUGCAAAGCUAUUAGUAGUCUUAAAAAAUAAUGAAAAAAUUUCAUUUUCCCACUUUACGACAAUUUUGAUCCCAACCCUUGUUUUCUCCUUUUCCAACUUUGCCAUUUCCCCUUCAACAUAGUUUGGAGCUAUAUAAUGGCGGAACGUAUUCAACUUAAUUUCAAGACCCAGGAUUGCUUUUGCUGCUGGUCAAAUGAACACACUUAUAACUAGUCACUUGAUUAAGAUAAACACGAAAUGCGAAAUAGAUUCCAUAGCUCGAUAAGUAUAGAUAUAAGUGUGA